AAAUCACACUUGUUAGUUGUUUCUCACAAAAUCAAAUCAUACGAAAACUAACAACAUCCAAAUCAAUAACCCUAACUUCCCAAAUUCCCAAUCCCUGCGAUUUCAAUUUUCAAGGGAAAUUCCAUUUCUCUCUACACAUUUUGAAUUUCGUAUCUCCAGCAUUAUUUAACCUAUUUUUCGGAGAAAUAUAUUGAAGGAUUUUUAUUCAACGAUUCCAAAAUUUUAAGUUGCCUGAAUUUCGAAAUGGAUGACAUGGAGCAGUGGAAGGCUAAGCUGUUUGAUGUAUUGGAGCAGGGGAAGAGUGUAACUCAGGAACUUAUUGUCCAAGCAAAGCUGAAAUUUGAUGAGAUACCGGAUAUAAAACAGAAAAUUAUAGAGACACCAGAUAUCCAAUUGUAUAUUGCAGCUGCUGUUGUAGUCGUGACGAUACUUUUUUCGCUGCUUUUACGUUUGUUCAAGCGUAAAAAGUCCAACACUAUUGUGCUUGCUGGACUUACUGGGAGUGGAAAAACUGUUCUUUUCUACCAGCUUCGAGAUGGCUCUUCACAUCAAGGAACUGUGACAUCUAUGGACCCGAAUGAGGGUACUUUUGUGCUGCACUCUGAGACCACCAAGAAAGGUAAAAUCAAACCUGUGCAUCUAGUUGAUGUUCCUGGACACUCCCGUCUUCGGCCUAAGCUUGAUGAGUACAUGCCCCAGGCUGCUGGUGUUGUUUUUGUUGUUGAUUCUUUGGAGUUCUUGCCUAACUGCCGAGCAGCCGCUGAGUACUUGUAUGAAAUCCUAACCAAGGCUAGUGUUGUGAAGAAGAGAAUUCCUUUACUGAUUGUUUGCAACAAAACUGAGAAAGUAACUGCACAUUCAAAGGAUUUUAUUCGCAAACAAUUGGAGAAAGAAAUUGACAAAUUGCGGGCUUCGAGAACGGUGAUGUCAGAUGCCGAUAUAACAAGUGAACACACACUCGGCGAAUCUGGACAGCCAUUCGCAUUCUCUCAGUGCCACAAUAAAGUAACCCUUGCUGAAGCGUCUGGCCUAACAGGUGAUAUUUCGCAGGUUGAGGAGUUCAUUAGAGAGCAUGUAUAACCUUAGUUCCGUAUCUUAGAAAGCUAAAAACUGUCUGUCCAGUACUCUCCCCCCACAUCUUUUCUUAUCCUAUUUUUGGGGUUUUACUGUCUUUUGGCAAUGAAUAUUUUUAGAACUUGUGAAAGAUGAAACCCUGAGUUAUUACUUUAGAAAUGUAGAUUGUUGCACAUUUGUUUAUUCGUACUUCUUUCUAAUUAGCUUCUGUUUCUUAUGGAGUCGAAAAACUGAUGCUAUGAUGUUCUCUGACUCCAUGAGUACUGUAGGAUCUAUUGCUUAAUUGUAAUGAGUAUGAUCAUUUGUAGUUAGCUAGAUUUUUAUCCCAUGAGUUUUAGUGGGAUGUUUUUCGUA